GAAUUUGGCAAAAGCGUGGAAAAUUCAAAAUCAAAGGCCCAAAGGGAAUUGUGUGUAGAGGAAACACCUUUGAGCCCACCGUCCAUUUCCCACCAGUUUGCGCCCCAUUGUUCUCUUCAGAGUUCAGAUUCUGCCUCGACGAUUUCGUUUUCAUAUUUCAACAAUUAUGCCAGCAGGUGAAUUGCUGAUGGAGACUUCAAUAUCUAGUUCAAUUGAAACGGGCUUAGUUUAUGUAUCUGAACUUGGGAAACGAGAUUCUUUAUGUGACUGGAUGCCUGGAAAUGGAAAUUGGCAGGUAUCUCCUAAAUUGAAUGAUACUUGUCAGAGUGGAUGCAAAGAGGCUGAGUAUUCAUGCCCUCCUUUGCCAAGAUCUGGUUCUCAACACUCAUCGAUGAGUGUUCUGUCUGAAGUUCCUGUGCCUGCUUUUGUUUUCAGUAGGAGGAAGAAACGGCAAGGCAGCAGCGGCAGUGGUUCUGCUUCUGUUGUCAACUGUUGUGCGGAGGCCCCAGUGAAUUCAAAGAGAAGUGGGGCUUGUCUUUCUGUUGUCAGCUCUGAUGCUUUUUCAGUGGCAACAUUGGAGCGAAAUGAAUUUUCUCAUGGGGAACAUAGAAAUGUAGCUGUUGGAGAUACCGUGAUGCCUCUUGCAUGCAAUAGAGAGCCUCACGGUUUAAAGUAUGAAUCUGCUAAUGGAUGUUCUGCCAUGGACGACCGUAGUUCUGAUGAUGUACAUAAAACUGUUAUGCUGAAAACCAUAGAUGUGGAUAGUAUAAAUGAUAGUUGUUCAUCAUCGAAGUCAAAUAUGGAUACUUUAUUAGCUUCCACAAAACGUGAGAUGGAUGAAAAUGGUGAGUGCACCUCCUCUAGUGUAAUAGGUGCUGAAGUUUUAAGGGAAGAUGAAAAAGGUAUGUGCCUCCCUGUACUUCAGAAGCCGGAGAAUGUUGAGGAAGUUGGGCCAUCUAGGCCUCGUGCUAUUGAGGAAAUUGGUACUAGUGGGGGUAGUAGUUGUUCUAGGUUAUGCAAAAUUUGUGACCGUUUGGGAACAGCACAAAAGAUGCUAAUUUGUGAUAAUUGUGAAGAGGCAUUUCAUGUACGUUGCUGCAGACAGAAGAUAAAGAAACCACCGGUUGAUGAGUGGUAUUGUAUGUCGUGUAUGAAACAGAAGCGAAUAGUGCUGAAGAAGACUCUUGCAAGAAGGUCUUCUAGUAUCACUGGUGGAAUGGGCAAAGAAAGAGAUGUAUCAUCUAAAUGGGAAGUCAGUCCAAUAGAAUUAAUGUUGAGAGAUGCUGAGCCUUAUACAACUAGUGUUCGAAUUGGCAAGGGUUUUCAAGCAGAAGUUCCUGACUGGUCAGGUCCAAUUGAUAUUGAUGUUGAUACCAUUGGCGAACCCCUAAACUUGGAUCCUUCAGAAUAUACUUAUUACCACGAAAAGAAUUCAAACAAAUCAUCUAAAUUAAGCUUAAAAGGGAACUGGCUUCAAUGCCAAGAAUUCGUAGCAGGCAAAGGAGGCAGUAAAGGAACCAUCUGUGGAAAGUGGCGCAGGGCUCCGCUUUUUGAAGUCCAAACUGAUGAUUGGGAGUGCUUCUGCUCUGUGCAAUGGGAUCCAUCCCAUGCUGAUUGUUCUGUACCUCAGGAGCUGGAAACCGAUCAAGUUUUGAAGCAACUCAAGUAUAUUGAGUUGUUGAGUCCUCGACAAUCAGCUAAACGGCAAAAAUUGAAUCAGACCAAAAACUGCACUCCACAAAAUGGUGAGGAUGAAACAAGAAAUGCACAAAGUUAGGUUGCCUGGCGGUAGUAAAUUUUUACGGAUUACCUGUACACCUUACCUUCACAAGAUAUUGUACAUUUAGUAGUCAUUACAAACCGAUGGUCGCAGUUUUGCAACUAGAUAAUUCUUCCUUCAGCAGUUGAACUCACUUCCUAUUGUACUGUAUUGAAGAGAAUCAUCAAUUAAGAGUAGCAUUUUGGGCA